GUACCGGCGUGUCUCUGCCCCUCGACAGCCCCGCCCACCAGCUGUGGCCAUGGAGCAGAAGAACAGCCUGAGCCGGGAGCUGAGCCCGGACCUGACCCCAUACUGCUGCACAGCCUGCCACGGGGAUGAGGACUGGAGCCACAGCCAUCCCAUCCGGGGCCGGGCCAAGUCCCGCAGCCUGUCCGCCUCCCCCGCCUUGGGGAGCACCAAGGAGUUCAGGUGCCGCCCGCAGUCUGAUUACUUCCUGAAAAGGCACAUCCAGGACCCGGCGAGCCAGAGGCUGACGUGGAACAAGGCCCCGAAGAGUGUGCUGGUCAUCAAGAAGAUCCGGGACGACAGGCUGCUGCAGCCCUUCAAGGAGCUGUGCGUGCACCUCAUGGAGGAGAACAACAUGAUCGUGUAUGUGGAGAAGAAGGUGCUGGAAGACCCUGCGAUCGUGAGGGACGAGAACUUUGGACCAGUGAAGAAGAAGUUUUGCACUUUCCGAGAAGAUUACGAUGACAUUUCCAAUCAGAUCGACUUCAUCAUUUGCCUGGGGGGAGAUGGGACCCUGCUGUAUGCCUCCUCCCUCUUCCAGGGCAGUGUGCCUCCCGUCAUGGCCUUCCACCUCGGCUCCCUGGGCUUCCUGACACCCUUCAACUUUGAGAACUUCCAGUCCCAGGUCACCCAGGUGAUAGAGGGGAACGCGGCCAUCAUCCUCCGGAGUCGGCUCAAGGUCCGCGUGGUGAAGGAGCUCAGGGGGCAGAAGCCGGCCGCUUCCAACGGGGUCGGAGAGAACGGCUCCCUGGCCCCCGACACUGAACUCGGGAAGCAGAUCAUGCAGUACCAGGUCCUAAACGAGGUAGUGAUUGACAGAGGCCCUUCCUCCUACCUCUCCAACGUGGACGUCUACCUGGACGGACACCUCAUCACCACAGUGCAGGGCGAUGGAGUGAUCGUGUCCACCCCGACCGGAAGCACAGCGUACGCGGCUGCAGCUGGGGCCUCCAUGAUCCAUCCCAACGUGCCAGCCAUCAUGAUCACCCCCAUCUGCCCGCACUCGCUGUCCUUCCGGCCCAUUGUGGUCCCCGCCGGAGUGGAGCUCAAGAUCACACUGUCUCCAGAAGCCAGGAACACUGCAUGGGUUUCCUUUGACGGCCGGAAAAGACAGGAGAUCCGCCACGGAGACAGCAUCAGCAUCACCACCUCCUGCUACCCGCUGCCCUCCAUCUGCGUCCGAGACCCUGUGAGUGACUGGUUCGAGAGCCUGGCCCAGUGCCUGCACUGGAACGUGCGCAAGAAGCAGACCCACUUUACCGAGGAGGAGGAGGAGGAGGAGGAAGACGAACAGGGCCAGGGCCAGGGCCAGGGCUAGGCCGAGAAGACUCUCCGGGAGGACACCACCCUCCCAGCGCCCGAGGCUUCCUCUCCUGCAUCCUGUCUGCCCCCGGCACAGCCGUCCGUGUGUCUGGGGGGUGGGGGGAGAUGUUUUGGAAUGUCACCACUUUCCCCUGUUCUUCCUACCUGUGGCCAAAGGAAGGCUCCGAACCUGCCUGUUGUCAGCCGAGCCACCUGUGCUGACCACAAAGUUGACUUGAUUUUUUUCACUUCAAACAAGCAGGGAGAAACAUGGUUGGCGCUCAGUAGUGCCCCACACACACACAACGGGGGUCCAACCAGGGCACACCUCCCCCAUACUGGGCCACCGGAAGCUUCAGGUCAGGAAGUGUCCCUAAAUCAGUUUAUUAAAAGUCAGAGAGUCAG